AUUUGUGGUUUACAUUGUUGGCUAUUUAUCUUGUUAUCGAGGAUGGCAUUUUUCCCAUCGCGGACAGAGCAAGGCCUAACGUUCAGGACUACCAGUAUUGUGGAUCGAAUACCGCCAUUAUCGCUGUUCUAACCUUACUUCUCGGAGGA